AUGAAGCUCUUUACCCUUCUGAUUGGCCUGCUGUUUACCAGCAUCGUCAGUGCUGUUCCUCUCAUGGCCCAGCACAACGAUGAACCCGCUCUUCUCGUCGCCAAAAGAGGUGACAUCAGCUCAACAUAUUGCGAUGUCAAUCCAGAAGUCUUCCCUUGCUCGGAGUUCUGUAAGGGCAAUCAGCUGGCAGAUUUUUGCAGACCUGAAUACUGCGACCACCACCCUGAACACUGGACUUGCAAGCCUAAAUAUAUCGAGUCGAACGAUACCAUGGUAGAUGAUAUUGACGGCAGAUUAUACGCCACGCUUCUUGUUGAUCGAACCGCCGAACAGCACAAGGACCACAACUUUGGUGGUGGCGUCUUCUCAGGCCAGGACAUCACAAGUGUGUCUGGGACUUUCGUCGCACCGGAAGUCUUCGCAACACCAGAAGGUGUCAGGGGCGAGGUCACGGGCGAGUACGUUGCAAUAGCGAUGGGCAUCUACGACGGCCACUGCGACGGAGAGGGUGAAAACGGCGGAAUACUCGCUGCUAUAGAACUAUUUCCCACUGGAAAAUCCGAAGUGUGGUUAGAGUGGUUGACUCAGCAGUAUGUACCUGCCAAGGACAUGACCAUCUCUGCUGGGGACAGUAUCACUAUGACGGUGGAAUUGUCAAGCAGAACCAGUGGAUCUAUCCUGAUCGAAAACAACAGCAAGAAGACAUCCGCCUCGCACAAGUUUGCUGGCAUGGGCUACAGGCCUGUUUGCAAUACCAAAGCACAUUGGGCUGUUGGACAGGCCAGUAUAAAACAUCCCCACGACGAAGUGCAUCUGGCCCACUUUACCCCCGUCGUCUUUACCAACAUUUCAGUGACCGCUGGGUCUAAUUUCAUGACUGGUGUAUCGAACAUUGAGGAGGUUUUGCUUGUCGACCAUUCGGAUAACCCUCUCGCUGAUACUAGCAUUGUGGACAACUACAUCAACGUCACUUAUGUCAAGUCCAGAAAGGUUCAGGGCUAA